UGCGACGCCUGCUCUGUAGUCGCCGACGUUAUUCUAAAAUCGCCGUCGCAGUAACCGUCCCCCGCUCGCGACGCAGAAGAAGCGUUUGCUCCGUGCGUCGGUUAGCAUGGCAAGCUGCCGAACUGUUUUCAGCACGUCUCACGCUUCCGAGUACAACUUCAUUACUUUCUGUAGCGUUUGAAACAGGUUUCACUUGACAUUUUCGCCGGUUUCUAACGGCAUCCGGCUUACCAUUCGUCGUGGGAGAACGGGACUGACUGACACGGUGUCACAGCAUCGGUUUAGGUUAUGGAUGUAACUGUAGCGAAUGGCACAGGCGACCCUUUCGGGAGUUUCGAUAGAAGCAACGCCAGAAUCCAGAUCUUCUAAUCCGGCAGCCGGACCCGUCGCUAUUGUCUCUUCUGACCAAGCAGAGAGGCACAAUGUGAAAAGCAGCACAGCAAGCGAGGGGGCCCGUAGCGGGUCAGACGUAGCAGGGAAGGCAGAGGAGAACCCUAGGCCUCGCGAUGAAGCGACGAUUUCUAGUGCUUUGAACAUUUCUGGGUCGGUAGAAGCCGGAUCGGAUGGCCUCAAGGCGUUGUCCGAGCCUCUGUCAGAGAUGAUGUCAGCUCUUUCGCUUGUGGUGGAAGGGGAAUUGCAGGCUAAUACUGUCCCCUCAUAUCAGCGCCUCACCCAACUUAACCUAGAAGCAGCAGCUGAUGGCGAGCGUCUCGCUGACUUGACGGUUGGCGUGGGCGUGUUUGUGCGCUGCCAGCUGGCGGCGCGGGCGGCCACACUUCGGCAGCUAGUAGCCGAGGCGGAGGAGGCGGAGCGGCAGCUUGCUGACCUGGAAGGGGUCGUUGCUGAGCUGGAUAAAUUCACUGGGAAGCUGGAAAGAGCUGUGGCUAAAGCCAUCAGAGAGGGGGUGUGAUUGUAGUGAAGUGGAUUGUGUGGGCUGUGGUGGUUUUGAGGUGCUGUGAUUGUAGUAUAGAUGGUGUUUAUGCACAGGUGUGGUGUGGCACACAAGGGGGGGUAUUAUCGGGUGGGUAUUUCAUCUGUAGGAGAGUGGAGAAUGCCAAGCAGGUUAUGCAUGGGCGUGUAUGUUCAUACCGUAUACACCCGGAUAUGAGUGCAACCAUUUAUUAAGCCCAUGGGCUUAUGCAAUGCAAA